UGUAGUAGCGUUAUCAAAAAAGGUCGAAUACGAAAACUUCAUUGGCUUAAAGCCAAACACAUUCUAAUGUUUUUUUCACUCUCAGAAAUGGGUAUAUUUAGUAAAACCAUAUAUUUAAAACUCAAUUUAAUUAUCACCAUUCGUCUGAUAAUAUAGUUUUCUAUUGUUUAUUUCAUCAGAUAAUCGGAACAGCGAAAGUUUGUUACGCCAGUGAGAAGUCAGUAGUGGAUCCGAUAAAAAAACAAAUGUCACUGAAAACAAUAAAUCUCACAUUUGGUCGUCACAUAUCAGUAGAUGAAGUACUACACUACACACCGCAUCCAGCAGACCCGCAAAAAAAAACUCUACUCAAACAAGAGGCCACAAUUAAUGUCCAAGGAGUUCCGUUAUCAUAUUACAUGGAAGAUAUUGUCGCAAAUCAUAUUUGUGCUAAUGCAAAUAAAGGUCGUCAAGGACUAGAAUGGGUCAUUUCGAAAAUAAAUUGCGAGGUGAAAGGAAUUGCAGAUGCAGUAAGCAAAAGUACCGAUGAUAUUAUCCACCUAGAGUAUUUUAAACGAAAUGAAGAAUUGAAGAAUUAGUAUUUAUUAAUAUAUUUGUUUUGCCCUCCAGCACAUUUGGAAAGAGAAUAAAGAUAUAUAAAUAUUGUAUUGUGAA